AGAUGACCUCCGCCUUCCCGUGUUCUAGACUCUCAGCUAUUCGGUUAGACCAGCGCGACCCUCUGUGACCCUAGAUACCAGGACAUCCAGCAGCCAACUUUGCACGGCGAUUUCACAUCGGCCUUUUCAGGGAAACAGCGAGUGACGGGCGCCCCACAAGCGUGGGCUCUGGGAAAUGAACAUUGCCAUUUCAGUGCCCCACCUGUGACUAUUGGAAAUGGAAACUCUGUAUUGCGUCUGGGCUUGGAGUACAGUUCGUAGACGGCAACGUAACGUGACGGGAGUCGGGAUGGGGCUGGAUCUGCGGUCACAAGGUGCAGUAUUCUUCGUCUUGGAAGACUUGGGCUAAUUUGAAUAUGGCAGGUGUCCAUUCGUGUCUCUGAUCAUAUUUCAAUCGAUUGGCGUGCCGAACAUCGUCCAUGCUCACAAACCGAGUGUGUUUCUUGUCUAAAAAGAAUGUCAGACUCUGCUAUGAAAGUCAUCGUGGUCGGCGCCGGCCUGGGUGGUUGUGCCACCGCGAUGGCCAUGCACGCUCAGGGCUUUCAGGUCGAAAUCUUCGAGAAAGUGAGGGAGUUCCUGCGUCUCGGGGAUUCGCUGGGACUUGGUGAAAAUGCACUGCGAUUGUUGAAACGAUGGGGCUUGCACGAAGACUUGAUCAAAAUCGGCAACAAGUCGAAAAUGCUACAAAUCCGGCACUGGGAGACGGGCGAGAUUAUUGCCCAGCAGCCUCUGAUGGACAUGGCCGGCUAUGUUGGUCACCGGGGAGAUUAUCAUGCAGCCUUCCUGAAAAGAGUCCAUGAGCUCGGGAUCCCGAUCCACAUGGGAUGCAACGUGGUCUCGUACGAUGACACAAUCCCGUCGUUGACGUUGGCAACCGGCGAAGUACACAAAGCCGAUGUCAUAGUUGCCGUCGAUGGAAUCAAAUCGCUGGCUCGCGAGCUGGUCCUCGGCUUCGAAGACAAACCGAAGUCAUCCGGGUACGCUUGCUUCAGGGCAUUUUUCAAAGGUAACCUCCUCGAUCCAGACCCCAUUUACCAAGAGUUCCUCGAAAAGGAAUGUGUGAACAUCUGGAUUGGUCACGAUGUGCACCUGAUCCAGAAUACGCUGCGCGACGGCGAAGAAUUCAACUGGAUCCUCAACCGGAAAGAUCCCAGUAAGCUGGACCCGAACGAGUCCUGGUUCCAUCAAGGAGAUAUGAACGAGGUCCGGAAGAUCAUGAAGACUUGUGAUCCGAGGAUCGCGGCGGCGGUGAACCAGACGAAAGAGUGUUUGGACUGGAAGAUCUGCUACCGCGACCCUAUCCCGUCGUGGGUCAGUAAGAACAACACGAUUGCGCUAAUUGGCGAUGCGUGUCAUCCUCACCUCCCCACCAGCGCGCAAGGCGCAUCACAGGCGACCGAAAGCGGUGCUGUCCUGGCUGUGUGCCUGAAACUUGCCGGAAAAGGGCAGGUCCCAUUGGCGACGAGGGUGUAUGAGAAACUGCGAUUCGACCGAGUUCGUAGCUCGCAGCUCAAUGGCGAAGAUCUGCGAGACCGAUGGCACAAUGCACUGCGAACGGUGGAAACCGGUGGCAUCAUCGAUCCCGAAUCCAUCAAACUCCGGAAUCGUUGGCUCUAUUCCUUCGAUGCCGAGGCCGACACGGUAGCUCGAUGGCGAGAGGUAUCUUCAGUUGUACGAAAGGAGCUGGAGGACAGGAACGUCACCCCGUUGUUCGAGGCUGGUGCUCAACCUGUGCUCAUAGGUUGAGUGACACAGUGAGGUGGUGGUUACUUCCUGAUUCAUGGCGCGUGUGAGGGUGCACCAGGUGAAGCAUGGAAGCAGUGGCAUAGACAGCCACUCCGUCGAUCGUAAGUUACCUCUGUAGUCUUCCACCUAUCAAGAUUGUCCUCGAACAGUUGGCCACGAUGAGGCUGGAGUUCGUCGGUCGAAACAGGCCUAAAUUAGCCCUCGGGUCCUUUUCGGCGCCGGCCAUUCCGCAAGCGCCUAGACUAAUAGGGCUCAAGCCCAGGUGGUCUGCCUUAUCAGUCCACGCCUGUACUGGCGCGCCAAUCAUGCCUCUACCACUGUGCUUAUCACGGUUAUGCCACCACCUCUAUAACGUCUGUAGCGUUACGUUUAUCGUGCCUAAGUUGUCACACGCCUAUAUCAUGCCUAGAUUG